CGGUGCAACAUGGAAGUUGAUUUUUAUGGUGAGGUUGCAACCUUCUUGCAGAGUGACCCAAACAAAAGACAAUGGCCUAAAAGAGUACUGGAAUGCAACAACAAGUCCAACUUUAGGAAUAAAGCAAACACCUUUUGCUUGAGAGAUGGGACUUUGUAUUACAAGCAUAAAAAGCAUGGACCAGUUAGAGUUGUCAAGCCUGAGGAGGUUCCAGUUAUACUCAGAGCGUGUCACAGUGAUCCGUUGUCAGGACAUCAAGGCAUAAACAGAACUUGGGAGAAGGUUAAGAGAAGAUACUAUUGGCCCUCAAUGAGGAAAGCUGUUGAAGAAUACAUCACCCACUGUGACCAAUGCCAGCGCCAAAAAAUACAGCUUUUCAUAUGCUAGGGAUGGACUUAGUUGGACCUCUUCGGAUGACAAGCAAUGGAAACAAGUACAUUAUAGUGCUGACUGACUACCUAACCAAAUGACCUGAAGUCAAGGCGAUUCUUACUAAGGAUGCAGAACAUAUCUGUGACUUCAUCAUUGAAACGGUUUGCAGACACGGAACUCCAGCAACAAUAUUGAUGGACAACGGCAGAGAGUUUUGUAACGCACUCAACGAUAGGCUUUGCAAGUCCCUUGGUAUCAAUCAUCGCUUGACAACACCUUACCACCCCCAGACCAACGGACUGGCAGAAAGGUAUACCCAGAAACUGUGCAAUGUAUUAGCCAAAUAUGUAGGAGAAUCGCAAGAUGACUGGGAUAGAUACAUUCACCAAAUUGCAUUUGCAACCAGGAGAUGUCAGCAAAAAUCUACGAAGGCCACUCCUUUCUAUUUAACAUAUGGUCGGGAAGCUGUUCUCCCUGUGGAAUUAGACAUUCCCACAACAGUUGAUGGAAAGGACAUCACAAAUGAUGAUAAUUUCCAAGAGAUUCUCAAUGACAGGGCAGUGUCAUUUGCCACAUUACUUAGAUGUCAACAAGAUGCUGUUAAAGAAGUAGGCAAAGCACAGCACAUACAGAAAAAGUAUUAUGAUGCCAAGCAUUUCAAGCAAGAUCUGGCAGUUGGAGAAAAAGUCCUGGUUAAGAACAGCAGACGAAUAAAUAGAAAAGGUGAUAAAAUAAUGAGCAAGUGGGUAGGACCUUACACGAUAGCUGAAUGCGUCGGAAAAGGAGUGUACAAAUUAGAGGAGAGAAAGUCUAAAAUCAACAGAAAGUCAUUCAAGAAGUUUUACACACCGACAUCAACACCCUCAAAAGAAGCUUUCUGUAAUCAGAAACAGCCAUCCACCAGUCAAUCUUUCAAGAAAACGUCUAAAAGACUCAAAGCUCAGAGAAACAAUUUGCCAACAAGAACAAGACGGUCGCGAAGAGAACUUUCCAACCGGUCAUCUAAGCCCUCAACAAAGCUUGGACAACCACAACAGUCAGCGACUGACAAAGCCACGAAGAUCAUCUCUCAUCACACCACCAAGACCAUCUCUCAUCACAACACCAAGACCAUCUCUCAUCACAACAGCAAGACCAUCUCUCAUCAAGCUACCAAAACCAUCACUGACCAAGUCACGAGGACCAUCUCUCAUCAAGCUACCAAAACCAUCACUGACCAAGCCACCAAGACCAUCUCUCAUUAAGCUUCGAAAACCAUCACUGACCAAGCAACCAAGACCAUCUCUCAUCAAGCCAAGACACCAAUCUACCAUUGAAGAAUUUUUCAAAGUCAUGAAUGAGACAGACAAGAGAAAUUUAAUUGAAAAGUGUGCAGAAAUGGAUAUUCCUAAACCAAGACGCCAAAACAGCCUGGUGUAUCUUUCAAGAGAUUCGUCCACGCUGUCCUUGAUACAUGAAUGCCAACAGAAGCAUGAAGCAGACCUGUCAGA